GGUCUGGCUAGCUUUCGCAGUCUAUUGUGAUCUAGAAAGAAGCCUAGUUGACAUGUGCGUUGGAAAUUUCUAAAGCGUUGCGUAAUUUGGAAUUACGACGUGAUCGUAAAGUGCGGAAUUGAUUCGUCCGUUGCGUAAUUGUUUGAAGAGUCUUUUCAACUGAGAGAUCAAGGAACGGAAUCAAGUUUGUCAGUAUGAAUCUGAGUGAUAUUCUCGCAGGAGGCGGCGAGGGAAAGACGACCCGUAUAUUCGUGACCGUCCUGCUGACAGCUACGCUGAUAUAUACGAUUACCCUUAAUGGACUGGCCGGCCCUGGAGUAGGUCCGUUCAAGCAGUCGACGGGUAACGUCUCCGACAAAUUUUUCACCUGCAUCACUCCUGCUGGCUUCACGUUCUCUCUCUGGUCCGUCAUCUACAUCAGCCUCGUCCUAAUUAUCAUCUACGCCAUCACCCUCCUGUUCCGCCAAUUGGAUGAAGAACCAGCUUGGCGAGCAGGCGGUGCCAUCUCCGUCCCGUUCAUGGUGACGCUGUUCGUGAACCUCAACCUAAACGUCGGGUGGCUCUUUGCUUGGGACGCCCUCAACGCCACGGGCUCGGCCAUCAUCCUCCUGCUGAUAGCGCUGACCAACAUCGUCGCCAUAUGUCUCUCCGCCUACAGCUUCGCGAACGCAGCGCCACGUCUCCUGACGAAGUCGAAGCUCGAUUUUUGGUGUGGGAUCCUCUCCAUCAAUGGGAUGGGAUUCUACGUCACUUGGACCAUACUGGCCUCGCUGCUCAACCUCACCAUAUUCUUCAAGUACGAGAUUGAGUUGGAUGGCAACGGCGUAUGCUUGGGAUCCCUCAUCUUCCUCCUGUUGGUGCUCAUCAUCUGGUUCAUCCUCGAAAACUCCCUCCUCAGGAUGUUUUCGAACCCGCUCGUCACGCAUUAUGCCGUCGUCAUCUGGGCAAUGGCCGGCAUGCACAGCAAACAAAAGAACCUCGCGAGCAGAGAGGUCGUUGCGCUCAUCAUAACAAACAUGACGGUGGCUGCUGUGAUGCUUGUGGGCAGGAUAGGAUUCCUAAUCUACAGAAACAGGAUCAACAAGCUAUACUGUGAACCGACUGUCGAGGACACAAAGGUCAAGCCGGUCAAAUACUGAAGGUCAUCGGGUUUGACCAAUGAGACGCAGUGAGCCAAAUGUGGGGAUUCCCUGUAUAUAU